AUGCGUGCCAAAGGAGAAACUCUGAAUUCGGAUCAGGAAAAGGCGCUGCUUGACUACGAUAUGGUCUCUUGCAGUGUUACCGUGAUUAAGGAAAUGGUUGAUGGUCUGGCGGAACUACAAGUGAAGCUUGACGAGGCUUUCGAAGCGCACGAAAAGGAGACUUCGGUUCGAAAUGAAGAGUUCGCCGUUGAUUCCAUCCAGCGCGAACCAGUGGCACCGAAGAAAAAACCUGCUCCAAGGGCUCCGGAGCCGCCCGUAAAAAAGAACACAUCUGCUACCCAGCCUCCGCAAACCAAGCCAGAACCAGUGCACACCGAGCCCCCAGUCGCUAAAGCGCCCGAACACGAAUUCCUCAAUAAUGUCGAAGCAGAUGUGAUACUCAGUACCGUUCUAAACCCACUAAAGCCCAGUUUCAACUUCUUGCAGAUGCCACGCAUGGACUCCGAAAUUCCUCAAGGCAUUCCUGUCAUUCAACCAGCGAUGCAUCAACCACAGCUUGACCAACCGCGUCAAGUGGAGACCCCGCAUGAGCAUGAAAUUCAGCCACAACAAAUUGAAAUGCCUUCCAAAUGCCCGGAAAAACCAAAUGAGGUGUUCAUGCAUCCUGAGCCGGUAACUCAACAAAUUUCCAGUGGUCCCCAGCAAGCACCGACCCAAGUUGAGAACCACCAGCAGCACCAGGAGCAAGUGCAGCCAACUUUGGGAAAUCAGGAUGCAGCCAAGCAUCCAGAAAAACCCGCGGACUCCCUGAAAAAACCGAAGGCAAAGCGUGGUAAGCCAGCACCGGCUGCUGAGCCACCCUCAAAGGCAGCCGUAGUCAACGCGGAACAAGUCCAAGAGGAAGUGAAGCCACCAAAACCAAAGACUUGGGCUGAUCUCGUUCGUGGUAGUGCCGCGGACACGGUGUCAUCGUCACCCUCACAGCCACCCGCUUUUGAGCAAAUUUCUAUCACUGAGCCUGUUCCUCUAAAGACUCCUGUGCACGAAGAUGAGGUCACACAAGACAAUCAUGGCCAACGCCCGGCAUACGGACGUGAAAAUGGCAAUUGGGCCCCUCGUGGAGGUUUCCGUGGUGGUCGUGGACGGGGUGCCGGACCCGGUUUUCGAGGUACGUCUUAUUGA